GGUAAAGAUAAUCUCCCAUCCCUUCUAUAAUUAGAAAGUAAAACACACGGGGCACUUGUCGGCUCCAUUAACCCGCACCAAGAUUCUUUAUUAGGCACAAAAAAGUUCACUGAAUCACGGACCCUUCAACUGACCACUCCUAAUCAGGCACACACACACACACACACAAUCCCUCCCUCACUCCCAAACGUUUUCUGUUUCAUAAUUCAUACUGUUCAUUCGACAACCAAUUCAGUAAGCUUUAAUUAGCUUUCAUACCGAUUCCAAUUCCAGAGUUUUUACGAGAGAAUUAUGAACUUCAAAAACUUGGGUAACCAGACGGCGGAGGUGGGGAACGGAAGACCACCAGGAGGGUUCCAUUUAGCAAGACAAGGCUCGAUAUAUUCGUUAACUUUCGAUGAGCUACAAAACACCAUGGGAGGUAGCAUAGGAAAGGAUUUCGGGUCUCUGAACAUGGAUGAAUUACUAAAAAGCAUUUGGAACGCCGAGGAAGUUCAAACAACCGGAACAAACACCGGCGUACCAGAACCCGCCGGUGAUGGCGGAGCAAAUAUACAGCGCCAAGGAUCAUUAACUCUACCACGAACGUUAAGCCAAAAAACAGUCGAUGAAGUCUGGAAAGACAUCUCCAAAGAAUUCACCGGAUUUGGCCAACCAAAUUUACCUCAAAGGCAACAGACUUUGGGCGAGAUGACUCUCGAGGAGUUUUUAGUCAAAGCCGGAGUCGUAAGAGAAGAACCUCCUCAGCUACCUUCUAAACAAAACGAUAAUGGUUUGUUUCCUAAUUUAACAAAUCCCCAAAACAAUUCCGGUUUCGGUGCUACCGGAUUCCAACAAGCUCCAGCUCGGAAUAACAACCAGAUUGCAUUCCAGCCAGCUAAUUUACCAUUGAAUGUCAAUGGAGUCAGAUCAAACCCGCAACAACAACAAAUUUUCCCGAAGCAACCCAAGCUUUCAUAUGGAGCUCCCAUGGCAGCGAUUCCACCCAGCAAGCAGAUAGGUAGGAAUGGAAUCGUGGGUCUUUCCGAUCCGGCGAUGAACGGUAAUCUUGUUUCAAACGGAAUGAUGGGGGCAAUGGUCGCUGUAGGAUCUCCGGCAGUUUCAUCAGAUGGAAUUGGGAAAACAAAUGGAGAUACAUCAUCGGUGUCACCUGUUCCUUAUGAAUUUAGUGGAGCUAUGAGGGGGAGGAAAAGUGGUGCAGUGGAGAAGGUCGUAGAAAGGAGACAGAGACGAAUGAUCAAGAACAGAGAGUCGGCUGCUAGAUCACGUGCUCGUAAACAGGCAUACACCAUGGAACUGGAAGCAGAGGUUUCAAAACUGAAAGAGCAGAAUCAAGAAUUGAAACGGAAGGCUGAGAUGAUGGAAAUGCAACAGAAUCAGCAGGUUAUGGAGAUGAUGAACACGCAGCCUGGAGCAAAACGACGCUAUAUGAGAAGGACACAGUCGGGUCCAUGGUAAAGGUGUGAAAAGUCUGAUUUAACCCUAGUUGACCAAGGUUUGUUGGCGUUCGACAGGGGCAAGGAGGGAAGUCUUUUUUUUAUUUGUACAUAUUUGGUAGAAACGGGGUUUAGCGUUUAGAAUUAAGAGAGUGAGUCAUAUAUUUGUGUAAGAUCGAUAUCAAGCUUUUUUAAAAUCCAUUGUCACAUGAAUCAGGAUAAAAAGAAAUACAAGGUUAGGUUUACAUAUUUCUAUAGGCAAAAAUCUGUUUGUCAUGCAUGUUGUGUUUUCUCUAUGGUAUUUGGUAUUUGAUUGCAAACUAACCGUUAUUGUGACAAUAUCAAAAGAUUGUGCACAGUUUUAUAUAUAAACUAGAUUAUUACAUGACCGGGAACAUAAAUUAAAUACAUAUCGUAUUAAUAGAUGGUUUUGUCUUAGGUUAAAUUUUACUAAAAGAAU